AAUGAUAGCAUUUUAAUUAAAAGAUGUGGAUAAAGGUUUGAUCCCUGAUAGAGUGAUAUAAGAAAUUAUUAGCAGAUUGCCAAAAGAGUCAGUUGAAAAAGCUAAAUACUUCUCUUAAUUAUUUGAUUAGGCUACACAAAUUCUGACAGAUGAAGGAAAUGAUGAAUUUGUAAAAAUUGAAAAAGCUAUAAUUAAUGAUGAUUUAAGAAAUUAAGUUUGGGAAGUUAAUUUUAGAGGAGAAGAAAAUACAGAAUAUUAAGAUAAAAAAAUUCUAGGUAUUAUACAUUUUCAAUUUUUCUAAGGUUAUUUGAUUCUACCUAAUGAUUAUCCUACAGCUGCUCCUAAAUUCUAUUUUUGGUUUUUCAAAGAUAAUUCUAAAAUAAUUCAUGAAAAUAUCUAUGGAGGUUUUAAUAAUAAAUAUUUUUAGAUGGAUUACUUUGUAUGCCUAUGGUGACAAAUAAUUGGAAAGGCAAUGAAGGAUUAACAUAAGUUUUGAUGACUAUAAGAGAUAUUUUCAAUCAUCCAAAUGAUAAAGAUCCAGCUAAUCCUAUUUUUACAAAGGCACCUAAUGUUGAAAAAAAUAGAAGAAGAAAAACAUAAUCAGAAUUAUUAGAAGACUGGGAAUGAU